CCUAUGGUGAAAACUAAAAUUUUCUGAAUUUAUUACGUGCUUAAUCGUCACGUCUCUCAGAGUAAAAAAUGGAAUGGAGUUGCAGUGUUAUUAAAAAAACAAUUUGAAAAUGUUACGAACUCCUUGGACUUGAUUUCGAUAAAUCUAAUAAUUUUUUAGGAAAACUUAUAACCUAGAAUUUGUUAAAGUGUUUCCUGUUGAAAACAUCUUCCUAGAAAUCCAUCUGUUGAAUGUAUGUAAUCCUUCCAAUUUGUCAUUUUCCUAAUUCAUUAUCUCUUUCUAUUCGUCCUCUCUCUCUUUUUUCUCUUUUCCUUUCCUUUACAUCCAAACUGAAGGAGUAAGAACUAGAAAAUGGGAAAAAGUUAAAAUUUAAACUGAAGAUCCAUUACUGCUACUAUUUUCAUUCGAUUUACGCAAGAUAAAGAUCGAAACUGGUUCAAAUAAAAAUUACUAUUAAGUAAUAAGGCAGAGCCAUAAAAAUUCAAGAACAGGAAUAACAAGAUUCGACCAGUCACGCAUCAUUUUCCUUGUCUUCAGAAGUACAAUCUAAAAAGGUUAUCAGUAUCAUCAUCGUGGUAAUUACGGUCCCGUCGGAAACGUCGACGGUGGCUACCAGCAUCAACGUUGACGAUUAGAAUUUUGAAGGAAUAUAAGCACAGUGAAGACACGUAACAACAUGAAGCGCAGGUCGAGACGGGACUUGUCACCACCGCAAGUCAAGUCGAGCAGAUCAUCGCCCAGACGGUACUCCGAAUCCGAAUCUCAUCGUGAAAAAUACGCCAGAGCAGCUCACGAAGAAGACUCCGAGCAUUGUUACAAGAUGCUACGUGUUUCGGGAAUUCACUCUAAUGCAAGCGAUGAAAGCAUAAAAAAAACCAUUAACCGGAAAUACAAAAACUUCGGCGAGUUUUCUAUUCGUAUCGCACAUGAGCGUGUUGUCUAUGUAUCCUUCCGUAGUCACAAGGACGCCCGAGAUGCUAAGUAUGCCAAUCCGAGUAUCCAAAUCUAUGACGAACUGUGUCCAGUCGAGACGGUGUGCAAACGCCCAUCGACCAGCGACACUUACAGACGUCCAAGAUCCGUCUCCCCACCAAAGUACGACAAACACUUCUCCAGAUCGCCGGAUCCAAUUAUCCGACAUCAGUUGAUCGAGCAACGUUCGAGUGUACGGGCUAGUCCUGAGUAUUCUGGGGUAUUGCGUCGAGGUAAACGCCCAUCGAUCAGCGAUACUUACAGACGUUCAAGAUCCGUCUCACCACCCGUGUACGAGAGACACUACUCGAGAUCGCCGGAUUUGACUAACCGACACCAGUCGAUCGAACGUAAAGAUCGAGUGUACGAACCAUUCAUGGGCAUUCCUGGGAUGUUGCCUAUAUGUUCCAUACCGCCACCACCUCAUUAUUUUAUCAGACCUCCAUUGUGCUAUAGACCACCUGUUCAUCCGGGUCCUCCCCCUUUCUGCAAACCUCCAAGUCAUACAGUACUUCAGCACCUACUAAAAAGAAGAUAUCCAUGACACUAAAAAGAAGAUAUUCCAUUUGUAAUUUUGUAUAUUGGUCAAUCUGCUUUAAUACCUUUUUAUUUUUUUUUGUAUCAAAUGAAGGAUGUAGUCGAUGCGAAUGACUUUUUUGUGGGAUUCAGACUUCUUUUUAAAAUAGAUUGCCAAUCUAUUUAUUCCGCAUUCAUAUUUUUCUGUUCUAAUCAAUGUCUACUGGAAAACUAAACCUAUAAAUCAUUUCCAGUUGUAAUUUUUCGGAUUUGAUUGUUAUAUUUUUUUUUAUUGCAUCUUAGUACGCAAAUGAUGCAUUCGAUUUAAAUUUACUUUUACGAAUAUGAAUGUUGGCUAAAAAUGAGUUUUAAAUAGAUUUUUAGCCUGUUAAUAUUGUGCUAUUUGAAUUAGCUUCUACUGAAUUCUUCAACUAACUAAUCGUCGUGCGCUCAUAUUUUAAAAAUUCUAAAAUACAUCUCAUACAUAUAACGAUUCUAUACUUUCACAUGCUUAACUUUCGUUAAUAUUAAUUGCUAAAUAAAAAUCUGAUUAAAUUUAUAUAUAUAGAUUUACUUAUAAUUUCAAAUCUAAUAAAGUAGUUUUUUAGGUGUUUAGCUAUAAAUAAUGAGAAACGAAUUAACAGUAAGUUCGUUUCUCCUUUUUCUUUUUCCAAUUAUUCAAAUUACCAGCUAUGCCGGAUAAUUUCAUUUUCUAUAUUUUUUAAUAUAUUAAUCUACGAUUAAAAACUUUUUGUAGGGUAUUCUCAUAUCAAUAAACGUAUUUUGUUGAUAAAAUACUGGAAAUCAGUUUCAGCUAAUUUGGCACGGUGCUUUUCGCAAGCUCAAUUUCUAAAUGUUCACUUUCAGCAAACAAUGUAAUUGUUAUUUUUUAUCUUUAUAUCGUCAUAUUCUUGACUUUAUAAUUAAAUUUAUAAAUUUCAUUUUACACAAGUUUUUCAAGAAAUUACUACGCCAAAUUAUGUUUCAUGUGAAAUAGUAAUCGAUUUUUUAUUCUCUUUGUUUUUGAUUAUUUUCAUUCGAAGUUAAACUUCAAAGCAACCAACUUUCUUCUAUAAAAAAAGAGAUGAAUCUGAGAGUGUAGGCUAUUUAUUCACGAUCUAAUUUACUGAAUGAUGGACACGUAAAUAUUAUGAUGUAUAAAUUAGUUAUAGAGCAGUAUCUUUUAAAAAGCUCGUUUUAUCGCGGCUACUCUAACCUCAGUUGUAGUUUUUUUAAUCAUUGAAAUUCAAAGCAAAACGAUUUCAUACAAAUAAUUUAUAUUGAAUUGAUUAACGUAAUACAUUAAUUUUUCUUGAAAACAAUGAAAAUAUUUAAUGUUUAUAUUGAAAAUGAAUUAAUUAUAGUAAUAUAAUAAUUAUAUAAUUAUAUAAUUAUAAUAAUUAAUUUUGGCGUGUCUUGAUUAGCUCGUAUUACCAUUGAGAUUUUUCUCAACAUUCCGAUUUUACGCUUCAUUCGCGUGGUUUAUUAUUGACCAUCUACUUUAAUUUUUCUAUCCUAUCACGAUGCUCAGCUUUUGCAAGUUGAUGAGCAAAUGGAAGAAACCCAUUUGUUCGAUGUACGCGACUCCACGACUUGACGCUAGUAUUCAAUAAAUUUAUAUGUCCUGAAAAUAAAUGUAAUUUAAAUGUAUCAAGAUUGUUUCUCCUUAUCAUUUUGAUUAGGCCGUUGAGUGAAUGUAGGUUAUAUUUUUUCUUUAAUGCCUACAAAUUAUUUUACUUAUUUUUUAUUCACUCAAUUGAUAAUAAAUCGAUGAAAAAUAAUUCAAUUUAUUUAUUAACUCCGAUUCACUACUUUUGCUAUCAAUCCACUUGACCACAGUUCAACCAAUCGGAUGAUGAAUAAAAAAAACUAGCUUCACUUUCAGCUCCAUCUCUUUAUUUAUAAAAUGAAAAUAAAAGGAUUGAAAAUGCAAUCGAUUCGAACGGUAUUUUUUGAAAUUUUGAUAAUAAUAUCUAAUAAUACGAAAAUGUAAAAGUUAUUCUAUCCUCGUAUAGAAUCUUCUGUCUGAGCAAACUGAUGGUGAUAUUAUCCUUGCACGUUAGAAUUAUUCAAUAUUUCUUUAUAUAAUUUCGAACGUGGAAAGCACAUCGUUUAUGCAUAAGUGUCUCUACUUUAGCAUAUGCAAAAAUCUGCCAAAAUAGCACCUAAUAUUGUCGAUUAUAAUUAAAAUAUUUGAUUAAUUUUUACUAAAGUUUUAGUUUUAAAUUUCAUGCUUGACAGGAUACAAUCUGAAUUAAUAACAGUAAAUUAACCACCGAGAUCAAAAAUAUAAAUGAUAAGUAAUAAUUUAAUGGGAAAACCAUAGCAAUUAUUGUAAAUGUAUAAAUGUUACAAAUGGUUUUCUUCUGACACGUCAUUUAGUAAAGCGGAAAACUUACUUUCAUUGAGUUUCAUUGAGUCAUGAGCCAUAAAUUUAUGUCAUAAGCUGUGUUCAACAAUAUUAAAAUAGUAGAAAAGAGAUAAUACAAUGGUUAUUGAUUAACAAGCGUAAUCGUGUAGCCAUUAAAAAAUAGUAAAAAAAGUUGUAUUCAUAAAUCAAUUUCAAUAUUAAAAAUUUCAUUUUACAAAUGUAUUGGCUAGACAUUUUUUAUUUUAUGUUUCGGUUCAAUAUUUUUAAAGUGAAAGAAAAACCAUUGCUUUUUAAAAAUAAUUGAUUUUUAUCUCAUUUAGCUCAGACUACUGAAUAAAAAUCGGAUCGAAAGUACUGCACAUAAUUUGUUUGCAUAUAUAUUCGAUAAAUUAUGCACGUUGAUUUCAUUGCAAGUCUAGUUGUCAUAUUUUUGGGAUUCAGUAGAAAUUAUACUUAUAUGUUCAUUCAUCGGUACGAACCCAUAACUAUGAAGUCUGCUUGGCUGUGCAAAAUCUAGACAAUCGAUAAUUUUUUUAUUUUCAAACGUAUCUUGGCAUAUUUCAUUAGAACUAAAAAAAAAUAUUAAAUAAUGUUUCUAUAAAAUAUGUAAUACACUACAGAGUAUGAAGAUUCAGUAAAAUUUUGAACCAAUAAGUCUUUUAUUUUAUUCUACAAUUGAAAAUUUUUCUCUUUUGGAAUACGACAUAAAUAUUUAAACCAAUUACCCAAAACUUAGGAUAUCAAAUUAGCUCAAAGGUUUAAAAAUUCAAAUUAGAAUUUACAAAAAAGGUACCCGGGGUGCAAUCUUAUCAAUUUUCUUGAAAUUGUGAUUUUUUGCAUAUUAUUAUACUAUUAUAUAUUGCAUAUUACUAUAUUAUUAUAAUUUUUGAUGCAGUGUUUAAUAAAAUAAAGAAUUCAUUAAACUAAAAUCUUUUAAUAGAGUGAAAAGUAAAGUUACUUAAAUAUUAUAUUCAAAAAGUUGAAUUUAAAAAUAAAAAAGAUUACUGUUGAUUUCUAUUCGUGAAAAAUCUUCAAUGUAAUCAAUUUCGAAUUGUAUAUUUUCUAUAGCGAAAAAUGUGUCAAAAAGUAUAGUUUUUCGUUAAUAAGAAACAGGAGUUACUAGCCUGAUCACUAAAAACAAUGUACAAAUAUGCGGUUUUUAAUAUUAAGUGAUACACAUUUUAUUUUCGUCUAAAAUUCGGAAUAGUGAAAAAUUGAAAAUUGAAAAAAACAUUUUUAGGGAUGAACUUCAAGAGUGGUUUUCACCCCUCAAAUGUGCGCAUGGGAACGUAUAAAAGAAUGUGUGUCACAUAUUUUUUAAUGCUCUCCCACAUAUUACAAUUUUAAGAAAAUCGGUAAGAUACACCUGGGGUACCUUCCUCAUUAGUUGACUUUUGACUUUAAUCAAAACGACAGUAUAUUCUAAUACCCGCAUAGUAAAAACGAAAAAUUGCAUCAAUUCACGUAAUGAUCUAUGCAUAAAUUUUAAUUUUAUAUGGAAACAGAUGGAUGUAUAUAUAUGCUAAUAUUAAUGUCAAUUUCUUAUUGAUUACCAGAUCAAAUUACUGUAAGAGAUAUUUACGAGAGUUGUUUAGUAAAUCCGUGAUUUUAAAUUUAAAAAAAUUAUUUAAAUAAAUAAUUUCAAUUUGUUUUUCAAAAUAUAAUUCCCUUUCAACUCUAUACAUUUAUUAUAGUGGUGUUCAAGCUUUUGUAUGCUCUCUGAAAAGUAAUUUUUAUCAAACUCCUCAAAAUGCUUUUUCGUCGUAGCAAUUACCUCUUCGUUGGAUGAAAAUCUUUUACUCUUAGAAGGGGAAUAAGUUUAAAAAUAAAUUGGAAUUAUUUAAAUAAAUAGUGUUUUUUUAUUUAAAGUUACGAACUUAUUGAACGAUCCUCGUACUUUCACUUGAUUCCAAUGUGUUCGAAUGAUUGUAAGUCUAAAUAUUUUUUCAUAAAGAGGAAAUUACUUUAUUCUAUUAUUUCAAAAAGAAGUAUAGAAAAUAUAACAUACUUUUAAUUACUCUACGAUUAAUGUGAUUAAUUUCAUUGGAUUUUGAAUGUUGUUGAACAGUUUGUAAAUAUAUGUAUGUGCGUUGACAUGGAUGGUGCAUGCACCGUAUGAUCUGUGGUCUAUGCCCUACGUGGCAUCUCUAGAGUUGUAAGGAGUGUAGAAUGCCUUAAUAAAAUAGAGCGUUUCAUGCCAAAUAUAUUCUCUUCUCAAUUCAUCAGUCCAGCACCUUACCAAUCCGUCAAACAGAUUAUCGCCCCAGGAAACGUGCUUCCACCGCUCUAGUUCCAAUUAGAAUGAGUAAAAAUAAAUUUAUUUAAAGCGAAAAAUUCGAUGUGAAAUCAUGUAAUAAAAGUGUGAAUUGUCCGGGAGUUUUAGAGAAGUGCAAAUAAUAGAAUUAGAGAACGAGCGUGUAUUCGUAUUGAAUAGUCGAGUUGGUUUAAAGAAUAAAAUUGAUUAAUUGCAUAUUGAAAACAGAAAAGUGUCGAUUUUUCUGACGUCAAGUCACACUAAAAUACGCAACGGAAAGCCGAAUCAAAAAUGUGAAAAUAAUAUUUGUGUAAAGGAAAAUGUGGACGCGAGUGUUUUCGAGCAUGUUAUAGUGAACUUGUAUAAAUAAAUGCCUAAAAAGUCUCGUGUCAUAGUUGACAGUUGAACAAAGGAUCAAGAAUUAGACGCCAUUACACCCAGAUAGAAAAUAAACGCGAUUCGAGCGUACGAUUUAGAGCGCUGCACGUUGAAUGUAAUGCGCGCACAGAACUUGCCGAGCAGGUCAUACGCACUUGAACGUUGCGCAGUGCAUUGUGUACCGAUCGUGUUUGUUACAAAGCCAACGUUGAUUAACCAAUGUUAAACUUUGAAUAAAUAAUAUUAAAUAGUGAGCUUUUUUGCUAACAAAAUUUAAGGCAUAUCGCAUUGCAGAAAUCGAAUAUUAACGAAAAUCAGAAAUUGUUUAAAUCACUUUCUUAUAUCAAAUACUAUGUAUGUGUAAAUAUAUAUUCAUUUGUAUUUAUAAUAAGG